UUUAGUAUAUGUAUAAACGGUCGGACACCAGGUGGUAGUGAUCAGAUAAUUCCUUAAUCGGAGAAACUGAAAACGUAUUGUGGACAGGAUGUUGCGUUUCGUCGUACUCCUGGCGGGCUUAGCCCUGACCUUGGCCUUCAAGAACCCGCACUAUUCCGGGGACAGGACCACCAUGGUCCAUCUUUUCGAGUGGAAGUGGGACGACAUUGCUGACGAGUGCGAAAGGUUCUUGGGACCUAACGGAUUUGGUGGUAUUCAGAUCUCUCCUCCCAACGAGAACCUGAUCAUCCGAGCCCACAACCGCCCCUGGUGGGAGCGCUACCAGCCCAUGUCCUACCGCCUGAUAACCCGCUCUGGCAAUGAGCAGCAGUUCACCAACAUGGUCAGACGGUGCAACAACGUCGGUGUCAGGAUCUAUGUCGACGCCAUCAUCAACCACAUGACUGGUACCUGGAGCGAGAACGUAGGAACCGCAGGCAGCACAGCCACCUUUGGGCAGUGGAGCUACCCAGCUGUUCCCUACGGAUGGAAUGACUUCAACUGGCCUAACUGCGUCAUUCAGGGAUCCGACUACGCCAACAACGCCGAAAGAGUCCGUAACUGCGAGCUGUCUGGUCUGAAGGACUUGAACCAAGGCACCGAGCACGUUCGUACCAUGAUUGUCAACUACAUGAACCAUCUGAUCGACUUGGGUGUCGCUGGUUUUAGAAUUGACGCAGCCAAGCACAUGUGGCCAGGAGACCUUCGCAUCAUCUACGAGAGGCUUCGCAACCUCAACACGAACCACGGAUUCCCCGCCGGCGCCCGUCCCUACAUCUACCAGGAGGUCAUUGAUCUUGGAGGAGAGGCCGUCACCAAACACGAGUACACUCCUCUGGCUGCUGUCACCGAGUUCAAGUUCGGAAUGGAGCUCAGCAGGGCUUUCCAACGCGGCAACCAGCUGAGAUGGUUAGUCAACUGGGGACCACAAUGGGGUCUGAUGGACUCCGAAGACUCUCUCACAUUCAUCGACAACCACGAUAACCAGCGCGGUCACGGAGCGGGCGGCAACAUCCUCACCCACAGACAGCCUAAGGAGUACAAGGCAGCUAUCGCUUUCAUGUUGGCCCAUCCUUAUGGAGAGCCCCAACUGAUGAGCAGCUACUCGUUUACUGACACUGAAGCUGGACCCCCGAUGAAUAGCAACCAGGAUAUCAUCUCGCCUUCUAUCAACUCGGACGGCACCUGCGGCAACGGAUGGGUGUGCGAGCACCGCUGGCGCCAGAUCUUCCAGAUGGUGCAAUUCAGGAACGUUGCUGGCAACACUGGCCUGAACGACUGGUGGGACAACGGUAGCAACCAGAUCGCCUUCUGCCGUGGUGGACAGGCCUUCAUUGCUUUCAACAACGACCUGUGGGAUCUGAGCCAGACUCUGCAGACAUGUCUGCCCGCGGGCCAGUACUGCGACAUAAUCUCGGGCUCCCGCAGCGGUAAUGGAUGCACCGGCAAGGUCGUGACCGUCGGCAACGACGGCCGCGCCCACAUCUCCGUCGGAGCUAACGAAUACGACAUGAUGCUGGCUAUCCACGUAGGAACACAGUCGAGAAUCUAAAGGCCGAUCUGAAGAUGCGAUUCGAGAGAUGAAGACUUGAAUUUUUGAUUUAAAUUCUGUACCGUAUUUAUUCUUGUUACUCAAAGGACUUACGAACAAUAAAAACAUGCUUGACGAA